AUGCCAGAUAACGCAGUUGCCAAUGCGGCGGUGGCUGGCGCGGCAGCGGCCGCUGCCGGCGCCGCCGCCGCUCCGGGGCCCGGCCAGCCUGGCCAGCAGCAGCGGCAGCAGCAGGGCGGCCUUGGCAGCAUCCUGGGUAUGAUCGUGCGCAUGGGGGUCAUGUGGUACUUCAUGAACGCCAUGAAAGGCAACAAGACGCCACCGCCACAGCAGCAGGGAGCGCAGGGGCAGCAGGGACCCGGCCAGGUGGCGGGCGGCUACGUCUACCCAGCAUUCGAGCGCGGGUCACCGGUAGACAUGUAUAUGUUCCUGUCAGAAAGGGAACCCUAUCCAGGGCCGCCGGGGGCCUGCCAUGAGUUUGUGCUGCUAGGGCAGAUGGGGGGCAUGCCAUUAAGGAGUAUCGAAACAGCAUCCGGUGAUGUCAUGAAGGGUGGCGGAGGCGAGCUUGAAGGCAGUGAGCGUCAGCGGGUGGACGGGAGGACAGAUUUAAGCCAAAGAAUCGACACGUCGGAGCUCAUCUGGUCUGAGACGGACGUUCGACUGGGCGAGAAGACGGAGCAGCGCAAGGACACGUACGUGUACAAGCCGUCUGACGCUGUCAAGAACAACGGUUCCGUGUACAUUCAAAUGGUGCUGGCCAGGGCGGGCGCGCCCAUUCUGUUCAACGAGCUAGGAUAUGACCCCACAGACCUGGCCUAUUAUCAGUUCCAGCUGAACACGCACCGACCUCGGCCCCGCAACAGCACCGGAGUGAACCUGCUGUCGGACAACCCCGUGGAUGCCCCCAAGGUGGAGAAGGAUGUCCCCCGAGAAAUCAUUAACUUCUUACGGCCUAACAUCACACUGCAGCUGGUCGACCAUUACCAGGCGUACGACAAAAGUCGCAUUCCACAGCAGCUGGAAGGUCAUCUGCGCCUUAACGCCGCCGGCAACUACGUGCCCAUCGUUUUCUUCAACGACUUUUGGCUGCUGCGUGACAAGCUGGUGCCGGUCAAUGAGACGCUCGACAAUGUGACCCUCCAUUUGGAGCUCAGCUACGUGUCCAUGACCUGGUGGCAGCUGCUGCUGCAGAUGGACCAGUCAUUCGGCAUGCAGGUCCGUAUGGGUUUAGCUCAGGACGGCGAGAGCGAUGAGAUGAAGCGGAUCUUCCUGGAGGGCAACCCCAUCCUGCUGUACCUCUACCACCGACAGGAACUUUUCUGCGUCCAGCGCCCCGCAUUGCAUGCCGCCGGCCUCACGUUUGUAGUGUCGCUGUUGCACACCGUGUUUGAUCUGCUGGCUUUCAAGAACGAUAUCGGCUUCUGGAAGAACAACAAGUCCAUGGAGGGACUGUCGGCGCGGACCGUGCUGAUCAAUGCCUUCUGCCAGGUGGUCAUCUUGUUGUACCUGUUUGAUAACGAUACGUCGUUUGUGGUGCUGCUAUCCUCGGUUCUGGGUACCGGCAUCGAGCUGUGGAAAGUGACUAAGGCCUUUGACGUCAGCUUCAACCGACAGCGCUUCCCGUAUAUCAUCUUGAAGGACAGAGCAACGUACAGCAACAAGCAGACCAAGCAGUACGACGCCGAAGCUAUGCGGUACUUGUCGUACGCGUUGUACCCGCUGGUGAUCGGUUACUCGAUUUAUUCUCUCAUGUACAAAACACACAAGAGCUGGUACAGCUGGGUGUUGUCCAGUCUGGUGGGCGCGGUCUACAUGUUUGGGUUCAUCCUCAUGUGCCCACAGCUGUACCUGAACUACAAGCUCAAGUCGGUAGCUCACCUGCCCUGGCGCCAGCUGACGUACAAGUUUCUUAACACCAUCAUCGACGACCUGUUUGCCUUCGUCAUCAAGAUGCCGCUGCUGCACAGGUUAUCGGUAUUCCGUGACGACGUGGUGUUCCUCGUCUAUCUGUACCAGCGCUGGGUUUACCGGGUCGACAAGACACGUGCCAACGAAUUCGGCUGGUCGGAGGAGCAGCCGGCUGCCGAGGCGGAGGCAGAGGCGGAACGUAGUGAUGCGCCAGCUCUCCCAGCGCCCGCCAGUGCCGAUGCCGACGCUGCUGUUGGGAGUAGCGGCGCCGCGGCCUCCGCCGGUGCCGAUGCCGACAAGGCAGGCAAGGGCGAGGGGUCGCGCAAGCGCAAGGGCGGGAAGGAGGCGGGGAAGAAGCAGGAAGUCUCAAGUGACAAGGACAAGGAGGGCGCGGACAGCGAUGACAAAAAGGCGCGCUGAUCGGGCUUUGGAGGGGGGUUUCCGGGAGUGAUGUAUGGGCAGGCGCGUGCGUGUUGAACGUACAACGUGUUUUCUUAAUGUGUUUGAGACUGGGCCAACGCCCCGUCCGUAUGGGGGAUGAGGGAUGGGGACACGUCUUUUGCCGGAUUUAUAUCACUUUAAGGAAACUGCUGUUCACGCUAAGGCCGGCCCGCGGGACAAGGCGCCCCUCGGGCCCUGGCUUGGCUUGCCAGGCUGAGACGUCGUGCAUGGGAGAAGGCAUGAGAGUGCAUAUAUGCGUGUGCACUACAACGCAACGUCCAGGUAUCUUCACCACCGCCAUGUCUGCCUUGGUAUCGUGUAUGUGGAGCGGUGAGAUAUAAUCAACGGGUAUGGCCCGUUUAGAAAUCAUGGGUUGCCUUGGAGCUCGUGCCAAAGCAGCCUCGUCGACACAUAUGUUGCAGGGCUGUCGAAUGCCCUUAGUGAAGAAUUACCUGUCCAUUCGUCCUUGUGUUCGAUCGAGGUGGCCACGUCGCAUCCUACGUGUGCCGAACUACUUACGAUGCAUGUAUGCGUCAGGAAAAGAGGUGGUGGUGGGGAUUUAGGUUGGGAGGCCGCGCGCGAGCCGUCAACGGUGGGUCCCAGGGCCUUCUCCCCAGUAUGUGGGCCAGUUUGUGAUGCUGCCCGCUCUCGGCUGGCUGCACGGCCGAUGCGGCCCUACUGUGUUCGCACGGGAUACAAUGUGCGAGAUAUGGUCUGCAAGGCUAGAGACGCUAAGUAGCCGGGAAGUAGGCCGAACUAUACUCGUUUUUUACAGCGGCGAUGUCUAGUCAACGUGACACGAAAAUGCGGCAAGCCCAGUGCCCCAGUCUAGCUGGUGUGGUACUAUUACUCUAGUGGGCGAGACGUCAGAAGUAAGGUUUAAAAACUUAAGGUUAGGAUAGACGCAAGAAAGCUGAACCAGAGCGUUCAUAAAACGUGCAGAGCGUGUAAUGUGCCUUCUUCGACUGGUACACCUAGUCAGUCGUGAAAUGCAUGGACGGCGGGAAACCUGCAUGAGUGGAACGAAGGUUGUGUCCCUUCAAGGUCCGGUUCCGCUUUGUUGGGUGUAAGAGCUGGAUGUAGAGCG